GUGGGAAUCGGGAAUCGAGGAUCAAAACAGAAAAGCAACCUCCCAGGGUCUAGAGUUCUUUCUAACCAAAGACAAUGAAACCAAGGAAGAAACAAAGAAUAAGAAAGAAAGACCAGAUGAAAGAUAAAAUUGAUGUUCCAACAGAAAUGGAAAAUGAUAUUGUGAAUGAUGAAGUGACUUUCAAAAUUGUUGAGAAAGAGAUUUCCUAUCAUCCAAAUGUUAAGCAUGCAGACCUGGAUUAUGUGUCUACCCUGUCUUUGGAGGUUUUAUGUAAUAUCAUGAGAUACCUCCACCUACGUGAUUUUCUCAAACUCGAUCAUCUGAGUAGAAAACUCCACAAUGCUGUUACUAUGCAUCUGCGAGUAAAAAAAAACUUAGAUUUUUCUGAAGGGGAGUUAAUAAGUUGGAUGAGUGAUCGCUUGUCUGAUUCUUCCCUCCUUCAUUUGUUUAAUCGUUGUCAUGACCUGCAAUACAUUUAUGGAUUUCAUCCGCCAUAUCUCUCUAAAAGACGGCAGCGUGGAACAAAGAAGCUGAGUAUACCUGGAAUUAUUGAAUCAUUGUCAGUAUUAACUCAUCUGAAAGGUGUAGAGGUCUCUGACACACUCGUAUUAGGAACUUUAUUCACUUAUUUUGCACAUGUUGAGGUUCUUGGAACAUUUCGUAACAGAGACGGGUGUUUCCCCAUUGAUGAUUUCAAUGUUCUUCGCAUCCCUGAAAAUCCCAGAAUAACUUCUAUGCAUUUAAUAGGGAUAGUUAUUCCAAAGUUACCACCCUUGAUACAUUUGAAACAUCUACAGUUACGAUAUGUACAUUUCAUUAAUCCACAACCAUUUAAAGACUUUGCAGUACCUAGCUUAAAGAGUUUUGUUAUGGCUAACUGUGCAGGACCUACAAAUGUCCUGAAGUAUGUUCCACUGAUAGCUGGACUGGCUUCUGCUAGGAGCUUACAGCGGAUGGAACUUAUCAGAGUCCCUUUUCUGGGUGGAUUAUUACACCAUGUUAUACAUGAUGGAGGAGCUAGUUUGAGGGGUCACAGAUUUAAAAACAUGCAGACCAUGAAGUUUGGAGCUUGUAAACAUGUAAUUGGUAUGGAUAUAGGCUUCCUGGCUAUAGCAUCUGCAGAAAGUUUAGAGGAGAUGUAUCUUCAGCCAUCCCUAACAAAGGACAGUCUGUUCAUAGCUUUAAAGACAGCAUUUGUACAGUUUCCAGUAUUUGACAGACUCUACCUUGGCUACACUGAACCUUUUCAAGAAUCAGGUAACUGGACUAAUCAAGACCUGGUUAUUGAAGGACUAGACAGUGUCAUAGAAUCACCCUCUACCAUAACAGAUGUUGGAAUGAAGGCAGUAGGAGAAUGCUUUCCUACACUCAGAUAUCUAGAACUUUACAACAGCCCUCACAUACAUAAACCAACUGAUUGGUUUUCACCUGAUGCCAAUGCCUGGGAUUGUCUACGUGAGCUGGUAUUAAGACGGUGUCAUUCUAUCAAAUUAGAAGAGUUUUGUGCGUUCAUACCUUCACUUCCCGUGAUAGAGGCCAUACACUUAGAACUGAUGUUUAGGGAACCCCCUAAAGGAUGCUCUAGGGUUGGUUUGAGUGCAGGAACUGGAUUUGGUUUAUCAUCUUCUCUUAUUCCUGAUGCUCCUGUGGUUCAGAAUAACCAAGUACCCAAUCAGAAUGAAGUUAAUAACAAUUUGAAUAAUAUUGCACCCAAUCAAAAUGCAAAUAACAAUUUGAAUAAUGUUGCUGCUAAUCAAAAUGCAAAUAACAAUUUGAAUAAUGUUGCAGCCAAUCAAAUUGCAGAUGACAUAGCAGGUGAUGAUAUAAAUAUUGUGGUAGUCAAUGGCAACUUAGUGAAUGAAUUAAAUGCUAUAGAACCUAAUGUUGAAGAUGUCAAUAAUGAUGCUGAUGCUGCAGCCAAUCAGAAUAUCCAUGUCAAUAUUGAUUUAGCUGAUCUGGAGGACAUUGAUGCUUUAUCCAAUCAGAAUACUGCUAACAUUGCAAAUUUAGCCAAUAAACAGCCAGGUCCUGUUGAUGUUGAUGCUGCUAGUUUCAAUGAUAAAAAUAUUGAAAUGAAAGACAUAGCAUCUGACAGUAAAACUGAUGAUUCAGCUAAGAAUAACGAAAAUACUAAAAUAAUGUCAGAGACUGCAACUUCCACUGAAAGUUCAUUCCAUACAGAAACUGAAAAUAAAGUAGGAUUAAAUAAUGAGAAGAAUUUAAUGAAUAACAGUGCAUCAACAAGUUCCACUUAUAUUUCUGACUACAAUAUUUCAUUUCCAACAAGCAGGCACAAAUGCCAGUCAUCAGAUAGCAAUAGCUGUGGAAACCAAAAUCCUAGGGACCAAGCUUCUAAUGGGGGGAAAUGUGUUAAUAGAGACAAUCUAUAUUCACUUUCUAAUUCUUAUGAAGUUAGUUCAGAUGAAAAUGUAAUAAAUAGUAAUUCUGAAGAUACAAUAUCAUCAACGGAGAUAAAACCAAUUUCUGAUGAAGGUAAAUGUACAUGUGAUAGAAAUCCUUCACCCUGUGUGACUGAUGACCCAUAUAAAUGCAAAAAAUGUGAUUCAGACUCAUGCAAUGAAUUUGAAACGUUGGAUAUCAAUACUGAAUGUGUUCAGUGUAAUAGUCAAAGUGCAAUUUUCUUGUCAAAUUCAGAAAGUGACAAUAAAAUUGAAAACAGUAUGGUGACGUCACAAACACAAAUGUGCACAGUUUUCAAUGAAUGUGCAGAAAAUAAUGAUGUGUCAAAUAAUUCAUCAUGUGGGACAAGUAAAUCUCAAUGUGCUGCUGAACAUGACGGAGAAAAAGUGACUGGUGAUCUUAAUAAAAUUGAAUCUGUUCAUCAAUGUAAUAGGGCUUUAAAGUCAAAUAAUUUGACGCAAAACGUACAAUCAAGUGAAAUGAAUGAACAGUUUGGACAGGAAGUAGUGGUUCAGGACAAAAGUGAGCCCAAAACAGAAUCGUCUGCUGCUGAUUCUGAUUGUAGCACACCAGGUGUUGCUACACGAAAUGGGAAAAGUUUGAAAUCGUCUGCUGCUCAUUCUGAAUGUAGCACUUCAGGUGUGACAACAAGAAAUGGGAAAAGUUUGUACGGAAAGAAAAAGGGAUUGGUAAGGAAAAAGAAAUCACAGAGUUUAGGAGCAGAUGGGUGUACAGAUAGUGUUGAAAGCAUGGACAAAGAUCCAGUCGUGCUGAACAAUGCAUCUACUUCAACUUCUGAUAAUGAUUCAUCUAAAAAUGAAACAAAAUCCUCACAAAAGAGCAUAAAUUACAUAAAGAAUGUACACAAACCUAGGAAAAGAGAUAAUGACAAAAGAGAAAUUUUUAUUUUAGAAAAUAAAAAUGAAGAAAAUGGAAAAGAAUCUAGCGAUAGGAAAUAUGAAGUAUUUAUGAACCCAGCAUAUACAAAAUCGAAUGACUCUUGUUUGGUGAAUGAUAUUGAUUCUGAUGAACAGCAGUAUUCAUGUCCCACGACACGAUCAAAAUCCCGUCAGAAACAAGGGUCAAACCAAAAGGAAGAAGGAUUAGAGUACAGAAAAAGGAAGUCUAUGUCAAACUUUGAUACACCAAUUAAUUUUAAAAAGAAAUGUGUUGCACGAAAAGUAAUCACAUUAAAGAUUAUGUUUGAUCGGUGGUGCCAAGUCAAUGUUAGUGAUCUCCGACAAACUGCAGGCACUGCUAGUAAAGAUGUACAGAAUUCAUGUGGCACUAGUGGUUAUAUUAAGAUUGUCCAGAAAUCUAAGAAGUCUCCUGUUAUGUGUGAUAAAAUGACCAGUACAAGUGACCCAGUCAUGGAAGAUGAUCGUGUUCAGGUUUUGAAGUUAAAGUCUCAUUCCUUACAGUGUAUAACACUGAAUAUGGUCGGCAUUACAGAUUUGAUACUGGAGGACUGUCCUAAACUUAGUAAAUUAUCAGGUCAUGCAAGCAGAGUAUUGAAAUCCAUGACAGUUAAGAAAGCACCUGUAUUGAACAGACUAGACUUCACUCAGUGUAAGAAACUUGAUGAGAAUGGUAUGGUCAGACAGAUAGGAGAUCUUCAGAGUAGAAAAAGCAGACUUAUCUUUCUAAGGCCAAUGCAUCAGUUUGAUUCAAGAACUUUGGAGAGAGACUUGUUUUCCAAGAAAGAUAUUGACUAUAGUAUAUGUAUCAUUUAUGACUACAGUCCAGAACCUUUAGAAACUAUGUAUAACAGAGUUCGUGUUCAAACCUGGCAAGAUCUUAUGGCUGGAAUUAAUCUAGAGUUGCUUAAAAAUUAUGGUUAUAAAGAAUGGGUACAUAAAGAAUCAGAACACAGAGAAAACUACCCAUGGGGAAGAUCUAUUUAUAGAAUGUCAGGUUACAACAGCAAUUCUUCAAGAUGGGAGUUAAUAACAGAUAUACCAUGGUUGCGACCUUUAUAUGAGUCACCUGACCAUAGUUUGAGUCAAGACAACAAGCAUCCAGAUGAUACAAGAGCUGGUGUAUACUGCCCAGGUGUCAAAGGUCAUGACACUGUCAAGGACUGUAUAAAUGACUGCUUACCCAGUAUUGUUGAUGGAUUAACUAUGGAAAUGCCGUUACAUUUACAUUCACUUAUUGUCUAUGUUAAUUUAUGUGAUAUCAGUGGAACACCAACUUAUGAUCCAUAUGCAUAAAACUGUUAAUUUAUAUGAUAUUAGUGGAACAUCAUCUCAUGAUCCAUAUGCAUAAAACUGUUAAUUUAUAUGAUAUUAGUGGAACAUCAACUCAUGAUCCAUAUGCAUAAAACUGUUAAUUUGUAGGAUAUCUAUGGAACACCAACUUAUGACCCAUAUGCAUAAAACUGUUAAUUUGUCUGAUUUCUUCGGAACACCAACUUAUGAUUCAUAUGCAUAAAACUGUUAAUUUGUAGGAUAUCUAUGGAACACCAACUUAUGACCCAUAUAUAUAAAACUGUUAAUUUGUCUGAUUUCUCUGGAACACCAACUUAUGAUCCAUAUGCAUUAAACUGUUAAUUUGUAGGAUAUCUAUGGAACAUCAACUUAAAAUCCAUAUGCAUAAAACUGUUAAUUUGUAGGAUAUCUAUGGAACACCAACUUAUGAUCCAUAUGCAUAAAACUGUUAAUUUGUGUGAUAUCAGUGGAACACCAACUUAUGAUCCAUAUGCAUAAAACUGUUAAUUUGUAGGAUAUCUAUGGAACACCAACUUAUGAUCCAUAUGCAUAAAACUGUUAAUUUGUGUGAUAUCUAUGGAACACUAACUUAAAAUUCAUAUUCAUAAAACUGUUUAUUUAUGUGAUAUCAGUGGAACACCAACUUAUGAUCCAUAUGCAUAAAACUGGUAAUUUGUAGGAUAUCUAUGGAACACCAACUUAUGAUCCAUAUGCAUAAAACUGUUAAUUUGUGUGAUAUCUAUGGAACACCAACUUAAAAUUCAUAUUCAUAAAACUGUUAAUUUAUGUGAUAUCUAUGGAACACCAACUUAAAAUUCAUAUUCAUAAAACUGUUAAUUUAUGUGAUAUCUAUGGAACACCAACUUAUGAUCCAUAUGCAUAAAACUUAAUUUAUGUGAUAUCAGUGGAUCACCAACUUAUGAUCCAUAUGCAUAAAACUGUUAAUUUAUAGGAUAUCUAUGGAACACCAACUUAUGAUCCAUAUGCAUAAAACUUAAUUUAUGUGAUAUCAGUGGAACACCAUUUUUGUGAUCCAUAUGCAUAAAACUGUUAAUUUGUCACAUAGAUAAUAUGUGUAGUAAUUGUAAAAAUUCAUUCAGACAUCUUCAAUUAAAUUUGUUGUCAACUUGCAUAAUGUGUUUGAAAUACAUGUAUUUAACAUACUGAUACUUGGAUAUUGGCAAUGUACUGUAAACAGGCUAUUAUUUGAACUUGGAAUUAUUUUCAAUUAUAAAAAUAAUUCCAAGUUCUAAUUAUAGCAUGUUUGUAGUUAAUUAUUGCUGGGGUACUUUUUUGUUGCUGUUUGUACUGUACUUCAUGUUGUGAAACCACAAAAUUAAGUUUACACUGAAAGACAUUUUUUCUGUAAGUAUGAAUUAAGAUUGCAAUGCCAAAGAUAAAAUGUAAAGUUAGUGACGUUUGCAGUACAAUAAAAUAAUUACAAAAAUCUUUGACCAUAUCUCAUUCUUUUUUAUGUGCAAACAAUCACACACUAAAUUAUCUUCCACAGUGCAUGUCAUUCUAAUAGGCCCAAGACCACAAUUAAUGACCCCGCUUUCCGUUGUUAGUUAUAGUUCCCU